CCUGCUGGUCUUGGAACCGCAAACAAAUAAAACAGAAUCGGUCUUUCGCGAGUGAUACAGGUUCUCCUCUCGCCUCAUCGAAAUUACCAGCCGCACUGAAGGGUUCUCUUCAGAAUGAGCUGCAAUUGCCCAUUGACUACGGCCACUGGACCCACUUUGGCUUCGACAUGCGGGGGCCCAUCCUUUAUGAUUUUCAUGGGCCUUCUCGAGGUUUUCCUUCGAAGCCAGUGUGACCUUGAAGAUCCAUGCAAUCGACCUUUGCCGCGUGACCACGUAAAUUCAAGGUACGAUUUUGUGGUGAUAGGAGGAGGAAGUGGAGGGGCGACAGUGGCAUCGAGAUUGUCGGAGGAAAAUCGAUUUUCUGUUUUAUUGCUCGAAGCAGGAUUGGACGAACCAACUGGAACUCAAAUUCCAUCUUUUUUUUUUAAUUUUCUGGGAACUGACAUCGACUGGCAAUAUAAGACCGAAAGCGAAGAUGAAGCUUGUCUUAAUAAAGAUGACCGGAAGUGCUAUUGGCCUAGAGGAAAAGUUUUAGGUGGUACGAGUGUAAUGAACGGAAUGAUGUACAUGAGAGGAUCUCGAAAAGAUUACGACGACUGGGCAAGAAUGGGAAAUCCCGGAUGGUCUUAUCAAGAAGUCCUUCCUUAUUUCAUCAAAAGCGAGGAUAAUUAUCAGGUCAACGAUAUGGAUUAUGGAUAUCACGGAGUGGGAGGGCCCCUCACAGUCACCCAAUUUCCAUAUCAUCCGCCCCUGAGUUUUGCUCUUGUGGAGGCCGGAAAAGAAUUAGGUUAUGAGACAGCAGAUUUGAAUGGAAGAUCUCAUACCGGAUUCGCCAUAGCACAAACUACCUCAAGAAAUGGCUCUCGACUUUCUACAGCUCGAGCUUUUCUUCGACCCGCUCGAAAUCGCCAUAAUUUACACAUUAUGCUUAAUUCGACAGCGACCAGAAUUCUUUUUGACGAGAACAAAAGAGCAGUGGGCGUUGAAUUCGUUCAUAAUGGACAAUUACACCGAGUUUCUGUCGGAAAGGAGGUCGUCAUUAGUGGAGGUGCUGUAAAUUCGCCACAAAUACUUCUAAACAGUGGAGUUGGUCCAAGAGAAGAUUUGGAAGCUGUGGGAGUUCCAGUAGUCAGUGAUCUUCCUGGAGUUGGAAAAAAUCUUCACAAUCAUGUUGCCUAUCUUCUCACUUAUACUAUAAAUGACACAGACACAACUCCACUUAAUUGGGCAACUGCCAUGGAAUAUUUACUCUUCAGGGAUGGUCUCAUGUCUGGAACAGGUAUUUCAGAAGUGACAGCCAUGAUAAAUACAAAAUACGCAGACCCAAGGGAAGAUCAUCCAGACAUCCAAUUAAUUUUCGGAGGAUAUUUAGCCGACUGUGCUGAAACCGGGAUGGUUGGGGAGAAAAAGGGUUCAAAUAGAACAAUUUACAUAAUCCCGACUCUCCUUCAUCCAAAAAGCAAAGGAUAUCUUCGUCUGAGGAAUAACGAUCCUCUCUCAAAGCCACUGAUAUAUCCUAAAUAUCUGACCCAUCCAGAUGACGUCGGAUCUCUUGUUGAAGGAAUUAAGUUCAGCCUUCGAUUGGCCGAAACACGAGCUCUCAAAAAAUACGGUUUCCAGUUGGACAAGACACCAGUGAAAAAUUGUGAGCACCUAAAAUUCGGAUGUGAUGCCUACUGGGAAUGUGCGAUAAAACACGACACAGCCCCAGAAAAUCAUCAAGCUGGUUCCUGCAAAAUGGGACCAGCAUCAGAUCCUUUUGCAGUAGUGGAUAAUCAAUUAAGGGUUUGGGGAGUUCGAGGGGUCAGAGUUGCUGAUACAAGUAUAAUGCCUCAAGUUCCGUCCGGAAACACCAAUGCUCCUGCGAUAAUGAUAGGCGAGAGAGCUGCGGACUUUAUCAAAAGAACGUGGAUUGGCUGAUCAAAAAUGCUCCAAAUUAAUUUGUUAUCAACAAAUAUUGGACAUUCUCGAAGUAGGGCUGUUCCAACGUAUGGACGUCCCGCAAAUCAGGGCAUUUAGUUUAAAGAAUAUAUCCCCAAAAUAUGCUGGUUUCGAUUUUCGAAAAUUACCAAAUUUGGACUUUUCCACUUUUGGAAAUUUAAUUUUUUUUAUUCUGGGACGUACCUACAUUAUAAUUUUUCCAGUUUCAUCAAAUCUCUCAAAUAGGAAUAUUCAGUAAGGAUCUACUUCGGUACUUAUAAACUUUGGAAUAACCUCUUAUUUUUUUUAUGUCAGGACUUUCCAAUUCCCGAAUACAUUAUUUUUCAAUUUUAAGAUAUUUCCAGAAUGUUCCAAAUUUUAGGACAUCCCCAAAUUAGGUCCAAUCUCAAUAUGGGACAUUCGCAAUGAAGAGUUAUCCCAUCUUUAUGAAAUAACCGAAAUAGGAAUUAUGUAAAAACGAAAUAAUAUAGUAAUUGUGUUUAUUUCUACUUCUGCACUGCCAAAAAAUAGGGAUAUUCCAUAUUUGGACGUUUUCAAAAUAAGAGCAUUAAUUUUACAGACUGUGUCCCAAAAAUAAAUUCAUUAAGGAUUUGGGAACAUACCCAAAUUGGAUUUACACAGUUUUUGGACAUUCCCAAAUUGUGUUUUAUAAUUUUGGCAUAUUGCCCAAUUCAGUUUUUCCGAUUUUAGGACAUUCCUAAAUUGGAUUUUUUCAAUUUUUCGACAUCCUCAAAUUAGGUUUGUUGCAGUUUUGUUUAAAAUUUCAAAAAAUAAUGUUUUGCAAUUGUUACGCCCCAAAAAUUGGAAUAUUUUUACUUGAAUAAUUACUCGAAAGUGGUAGCCGCAAUUUUAGGCCCUCCCUGAAACGGAGAUGUUCCUACUUCUGAAAAUUACAAUAAUUAGGGAUAUUUCAACUUUUGUUACAUCCCUAAAUUAGUCUUCAUCCAGUUUCCAUCCAGUCUUCAUCCAGUGACGUUUCUAGAAUAAGACUGGCCCUAAUUGAAAUAAUUUCUAAAUAUAUUCGCUCUAAAUUUUAAGGAAUUUGCACAAUAUUUCAACAUUUGGAACAUUCCAAAAUUAGGUCCGAUUUUACUGUGUGACAUAAACAUUAUGUUUUUUUUUUUCUACUUUGCUGCUGUUCCAAAAUUGAGAUAUUUCAUAUUUGAACAUUCUCCAAAUAAGGGUAUUUUAUCUACAGAAUAUCGCCAAAAUACGCUUGUUUAGAUUUGGAAACAUGCCCAAAUUGUGUUUUUCUAAUUUUGGGACAUUCCCAAAUUGAGUUGGUACAAUUUUGGGGGAUUUUCAACUUCAGUUUUUCCAGUUUUAAAACACUUUAAAAUCGGAUUUUUCCAAUUUUGGGACACCCUCAAAUUAGGAUUUUUCCAGUUUCGACACGUAUCUCAAAUAGAAAUUUACUGAAAUCGGACAUCCUUAAAAUAUGAAUAUUUGUCGGUUAAAACAUUCCCGAUGUAGAGUUAUUUUAAAAUUGGGACACCCACGAAAUACGCCAGUGCCGGCUCAACAUUUUCCCCAAAACGGAGAUGCUCCAACGUCAAAAAAUUGACAAAUUAGGGGUUUUUAAACUUUUGUUACAUUCUCAAAUAAGGGCUGAUCCAGUACUGGGGCAUUCCCAACUUAAAGUUUGUUUUACAUUGGAACAUUUUAAAAAAUCGCCUUUUGACUCUUAUCAUACCCAAAAAAGUUCAUCUUUCUUUGAAAUAUCUCUAAAUUAUUAUUUUUUCAUUAGGGUGGUCCCAAUUUUAGAUCAUUUCUAAAAUUUGACAUCUCUAAAUUAGGUCCAAUUUUCAUUCUGGGACAUCUUUAAAUAAGGGUUAUUCCACCUUCGUCACGAAUUCGGAAUAGGAAUAGUUUGAAACUGGAAUAUCCCGAAAAUGGUGAUUUUUUUGGCAUUUAUACUUCCCCAAAAUAGGGAUGUUCCAAGUUGAAGACAACGCCGAAAUAUAAAUUUCUGAAAUCAGGACUUUUUCGAAAAAAGGUGAUUUCUACUUCCAAAAGAAAUCUUUCCCAACUAUAUGCCAUUCCUGAAACAGAAAUUUUUUUAAAUGGGACAUCCCUAAAAUACGAUUUGUUCAAAAUGUGGCACACACCUUAAAUUAGGAUUGCUUCAAUUUUUGAACAACCCAAAAUCAGAGUUGCUUCAGUUUUGGGACAUCCCUAAAAUAGGGUUGUCGAAUUGGUCCAUUCCUAAUUCUACUUCCCAAUUGCUCGAAUUUUAUAACUUUGGGAAAUGUUCAAGUCUGGGAUCAUUAACAACAAAAAAUCUGAAUUAACAAAAAAUUAUUCUUAUCCCUAGGAAAAUAAUCAGGUUAAGCAUCUUAUAGAGCUAUUGCUUAUCUUGCGUCACGAACUACCGGUAAAUAUGUCAGAAUCCCGGAACGAUCGAGUAUAGAUGUAAUGGAAUUGUGUAAUAUGUACAAAAAUAACUUGUUUCAAUCAAACAUAGAAUAAACGAGUAGAUAUUAGAUAAAUUAACGUGUUAGUUAGCUUUUUAUUAUUUACCAUGAAAACCUAUAGCCGUAAGGGUGGAAAGAUUAAUUAUAUAGCCUGUAUUUAC